GUGAAAACGAGAGUCAAGAGAAGAGCGUAUAUAGGAGAGGCAGGAGCCGUGUCUGCCCAGGACUGGGGCCAGCUUUUCUUCCGAGUUGGCUCUUUGCCUUUGGCUCCUCGGUGUUGUGUCUGCCAUGGCCAUCCUUGGACAAAGCCAGGCUCUGCUCUGCCUGAUGGCUCUCUCCGCCUGGACCGUCUCUCAAGUCUCUGAAGGACACCAGGUGAUGGACUGCUGCGUGAGGACCAGCCCCGUCCCCAUCCCGGCCAAGAUCAUCCGCUCCUACCGGGACCAACACUCCCAAGAAGGUUGCUUCCUCCGCGCCGUGGUUUUCACCACCUUCCGAGGGAAGCACCUCUGCGCCCCACCGGAUGCCUGGUGGGUGGAGCACCUGAAAACCCGGCUGGACCGAAGGGAGGCCCGACAGAGAUCAUCUUGGACUUCCUACAGACAUCAACUAGCCUGGAUGAAGGACCUUCAGUAAAUAGCUGGCAUCAUAAAAUGCCCGUCUUUCCCCAAAGUGGACGCUUGACCUGGUCCGGCCAGGUGACUCCUUGCUGCUUGACCACUGCAAAUGCUUUCUGUGCCUUCUUCUGCAUUGGCAAAUGCCCAACAGAGCUUGGCUGAGACAGUUCCUCCUGCCGUUGGAUCUGUAAAAUAAAAAUUUCGAAUACGCAAUGUCACAUUGUCAAAAAUAGAUCAGUGAUGAACAGAUCACAGAUUUCUUGGGAUCCACUUUGGUUUGGUUUGGGGGUUUUCUACCAGAACUGCAAGGCUCAGCAUUCAAACCAAGGGCCAAAAAUCACUAGCGGAUAUAGGAACGGAGCACAAAAUUGCACUCUGUCUUUCUUUGUGCCAAUAGGUAAGAGUUUAAUAAAUUUGCUAUUAAUCUUAUGGAACUUUUGGGAGUCAGGAAAUCCCAAUUUGCGAAUACGAACCAUCCGGACUCCAAUUGGCCUUCUUCAUCUUCUUGCAAUUGAAAAUCAAUAAUAAAAAUAAUAAUGCUUAUUAAUAACACCAUAGAACAGAACUUCAAACAUAUAUAAAGGCAAGAAAAUUUACACUGUAAAAUAUAUAGUAAGACCCCUUAUCCAUUGGCUAGAUAUCUAAAGUUUUACUUGUGUACACUCCAAAAAUGUGUUUGUGGUUUUUUCUAAGGCUGCACCUAGAUUGGAGAGCCAAUGCAAUCCAAGAGAUGUCAAACUACAUUAAUUCUACAGUGCGGAUGCACCCACAUUUUGGAAUGUCUGUGAAUGCUUACACCAGAAAAGACUCUUGACCCUGGGUUAGGAAAGGGCCAGUGGACUUUGUGUUGCUAGGCAGAUUUUAUUCUUUGCAGUCCUUUUCUAAUAUUCUUGGACAUUAAAAAUCUGGAUGUUUUCAUUGCCAUUUGCCUGGUUUGCAAUUAUGGUCCAAGGUUGCAUAUACGCUAUAAAAUGAAUGCAGUUUGAUACCACUUGAACUGCCAUGACUCAAUGUUAUAAAAUUGCAGGAUUUGUAGUCUUGGGAAGCAACAGCUUUUUAGGAAGAGAAGAUCUUGCAAAACUACAGCUCUCAUGAUUCCAUAGCAUUGAACCAAAGUGGGGUCAAAAUGCAUUCAUUCUACAGUGCAAAUGCACCCUAAUUCUCUAAAUGUUCCUUAGAGGAGUGGCCCAAAUUGCCCUUUCCAAAACCCAGUGUUUGAUUUCUAUGUUGAAAAGCCUUUUAUAAAAUCUUUAUUCAGGGCUAAUUCCUUUGUUUCAAGAGAGUUUCUGCCUCAGCGGCUUUUCAAAGCAAAGUUCCUCUCCAUUGUUUGCUGUCAUGCCAUGUUUCCCUUUACCGAUAUUUACCCAUGGAUUUGAAGUACAGGUGGAGAUGUUAUUCUUUCAGUCUCUGUAAUCCCUUUUCGUUCCCAAACAAUACAAAAUAAAUAAAUAAAAGGAAACCAAA